UAUCGAGCUGACCAGCUGAUGAUACAACUGGGAGCACGUGUGGUCGUAGCGUUGAUAUUUGUUUAACUAUUUUAUUGAGAACAGGAAAAUGGGAGGUGCUAAGAAGAAAGUGCAUCCAAAAACGCGCACAGCAGCAUUCAAAGCCAGUGAACCAAGUGAAAUAGUUGAGGCCCCACACUCGUUCAUUAUACAUCGUGGCCUGUCCUGUCCAUAUAUCGCGGAUUUAACAAUUGAUUUUCGUCGAAUAAUGGAACCGUUUACUGCAUCCAAUUUGCGUGAAAAGAAAAUAAAUCGCAUAAAAGAUUUCGUUAGUCUAAGCAGCUUCUUUCAUGUCUCACAUAUGGCCAUUUUCAACAAAGCAUCCACACAGUUAUCCUUCAAAGUGUUGCGCUUGCCGCGUGGACCAUCUCUAACGUUCAAGGUGCAUCAGUUUACACUUGCUCGUGAUGUGAUCUCUAGCAGUAAGAGGCAAAUGUUUGACGUUGAUUAUUUCAAGCAUCCACCUCUUGUGAUCAUGAAUAACUUUAGUGGCGAAGGGAAACACUUAAAGUUGAUGGCCACAACAUUUCAGAACAUGUUUCCAUCUAUCAAUUUGGCCCAGGUUAACAUUGAUACCAUUCGCCGCUGCCUUUUAUUCUCUUACAAUCCAGAAACAAAGCUUGUGGACAUGCGUCACUAUGCGGUGCAGGUGGUUCCAGUAGGCUUAAAGCGCGCAGUACAGAAAAUUGUCAGCGGCAAUGUGCCAAAUCUCAACAAAUGCGAAGAGCUUGUCGAUUUCGUAAUUAAGGAUGGAUAUACCUCGGAAGCGGAGGCUGAGGAUGAUGAACAAUCGCAUGUGGUGUUGCCUCAAGCAGUUAAAGGCAAAGGAAAUUUGGAAAACCACAAAAGCUCUGUAAAACUACACGAAAUUGGACCACGUUUAACAAUGCAGCUCAUGAAGAUCGAAGAGGGACUGCUUACCGGUGAAGUGCUUUAUCACGAUCAUGUUAUCAAAACUGAAGAUGAGAAGGAAACAUUACGCAAAUUAAUUGAAAAGAAACGGAAACUGAAAGAGCUCCGCAAAAAGCAACAGAACGAGAAUCGUGAACGCAAUUUACAAUUGAAAAAAGAGCAAAAGAAAGAAAUAAAGCGCAAGGAAGCUGAAGACAAUGCUAGUGAUGCAGAUGAUGAUGCUCAAUAUUACAAAGAUGAAGUUGGCGAGGAACCAGACGAGGAGCUGUUUAAGUUAGACAAUAAGAUGUCGAGGAAACGACCCAGAUUACCGUCCGGUAUGAAGCACAAAAACAAGAAAGCAAAAGUAAACCAGAAGCCUUUAAAGAAAUCUAAGGAAAAGUAACAAAUGCAAAAGUUAAAUAU